AUCUCUGAGCUCCUCAGUAUUUCUGCAGCAGUCCACUGAAAAUAAUAACACUUGUGUGAACAUCUUCCCUUGUUUACAAGAGAAGUGACGGUGAUACAGUUCGACCCAGUCUGUAGAGCAGAUUCAGAGUCUUUGUGGUGUCCUUCUGGCUGCUUAGGGUUUUUUGAAAAAUCCAAGCUUUCAUUUAAUUUUUUGGCCCAAUAAAAAUGAAAGUAGCGCUCUUUUCAGCACUAAAGUAGUUAUUUUAGUCUGUUAUCUCUGUCACCCCCAUGUAAAAUCCAAGGAAAUGGGCUUUUUUUUUUAUCAUACUGCUGUUCUUUGCAAGAGUCUGAUGUGGUAGAUUGCCCUGUCUAGACAGCUAAUUUAUCUUAGUGGUGAGAUAACAGUUUAGAAUAUACAACCGUGUUUAUAUCUUGAAGCAGCUUGAAAACUGUGUGUGCCUUUCUACAGUUUGUUUCCACUCACCCACUUAGCAGGAAAGUCCUGGCUUCCAGGGAAUUCCUUGAUUAGGUGAUGCAGACCUGCUGAGGCUUGGGUUUUAUUCCAGCUGCACUAUAACCAUUUGGUCACCAUGAACUGCUGCUUUCCUUUGACUGAUUUCUAAGUUCUGUGCUGUGUGCACAGUAACUUGAUUCUUACUUGAUUUCUCAGGCUAACAUCUGUUAAACUAUGUGUGUUACAUACAGCAAGCAGAGGCAGAAGAGAACUUUCCAGAAUGUCAGGAUUGCUGUUGCAGGAGUGGCUGUGUUCCUCACCUCUUCAAGCACGUUGCAAGGAUGUAUAUCUAGUCCCUAGUCUACCUCUUCUUUUCCCUCCUUCUGAAGAUGAACAGUGUGCUUGCACACACCAGAACAUCUCUGUCCUCAUCAGUUUGAAAGCCCAGAUGAGUUUUUCUGCUCUGCAGAAAACUACCCGUUGGCUCUUCAGAUUUACUGCCAAGCAGAAAGCUCCCGUUGUUCCUGGACACCCUCAUCCAGCAGGAAUGAGGAUUAAUGUGGUGAACAACCAUACGCAUAAACAGGGUCUGUAUGACGUGGAAGACGAUGAUGAAAGUGUCUCUCCCCUUCCUAGCAAACAGAUGAAGAUCACCACCUCAAACAGUUUUCUUCACAGUGUGGCUGGGCUGAGUGGCAAUAAGUUCUCUCUGUCCAAGACUGUUCCCCUGACUAAAGUGGUCCAGAAUGAUACGUACACGGCUCCUCCUGCACCUCCUUCCCCAAUGAGGACAAAGGCCUUGACAAACAUGUCCCGAACUUUGGUGACAAAAGAGGAGCCUCCAAAAGAGCCAGCACCUGUUGAGCUGGCCUUCAGUCCUUUGGAAGGCACGAAGAUGACUGUAAACAAUCUGCAUCCUCGAGUCACUGAGGAAGACAUUGUCGAGUUGUUCUGUGUGUGCGGUGCUCUGAAGCGAGCCCGGCUGGUGCACCCAGGAGUGGCUGAGGUUGUCUUUGUGAAGAAAGAAGAUGCAAUCACAGCGUAUAAGAAAUACAACAACAGAUGCUUAGAUGGUCAGCCAAUGAAAUGUAACCUUCAUAUGAAUGGAAAUGUCAUCACCUCAGACCAGCCUAUAUUGCUCCGAUUGAGUGAUACCCCUUCUGUGAAGAAGGAGGGGGAACCCCGCCGGUCAAGUGCAAGUGCUGCAUCAAAUCCCCCAGCUGAGGUGGACCCUGAUACCAUCUUGAAGGCACUUUUCAAAUCCUCAGGGGUCUCUGCAUCUGUGCAGCCCACAGAAUUCAAAAUCAAACUCUGAGAAGGAGCAGUGAGCGGUGGACUGGAAAACUCAUUUAAGCUGGGGAGUGAGAAAACUGCAGGAGUGCUCAUUUUUGCAUUUGCCUGCCUUGAAGAUCUUUUUGUUUUCUAUGAUUGCUACCUUACUGUACAGUAGUGUUUCCUUUUGUGUGUGUUCUUUCUGUUUUCAUAGUUGGAGUUUUCUUCCACGAUUUUUUUUUUUUUUCCCCCAAGAGAAUAACCUCCCCCUUCUGCCAGUAAUAAUAUUACUAAGCAUAUACCAUGUAACUCCCUCCUUUACUCCAAAGCCCCUAGUGGCCAUUAAAAGUGCACAUAGACUUUGAAGGAAAGGUUGGCAAUCUCUUCUCUUCUGACCUACCUUUAACUAAAAGAUGCAUUCUCUUGAUUUUCAUCAUUCAAGAGCAGCGCAUGGUUUCUGCAAUUUCCACACUGGGUACCAGAUCAGGUGUGGUUGCAUAUAGGAAUUGUGCCAUCCUGCAUCUUGGACUUUAAUGCAUUUAAUUGCAUACGGUUUGAUUCUGACUGCUGAAUAUUUUUCUGCUCGGCAGCUGUGACGUUGAGAAAAUACAUGAAAAACUGAUUUUCCUUCUGUGUAUACUGGCCCGUGGAAGCUUUGGGCAGAAUGGACAUAAGCACAAGUGCAGCACCCAUUUUGCACCUGUUGUGCUAUGGGAGGGAUCCUUCAACUCUGGUAAUACUGAAGGUGGGAGGAACAAAGGCUCUGGCAUUUGUAUAAUGAAUAUAUUAGCCCUUUAGGGUGAGUGGAGUUGCUCUUUCCUUUCUGGUCUGAAAAAGCACCGGGAUUGUGUUUGGAGCUGGAGGACACCAUCCUGGUGUUUUGUUCCCAGUACGUUGUAUUGCAUCUUCCUGCUAAUACAGGGACGUUUUUUUUUUCUUACCUUCUGACUUGACCAGUCUCCUUUUAUGAAAAGGAAGGAGCUUGGGUCUUUUUCCAGUACUAACAUGUAAGCAGCCUUCGCUUGCCUAGGAGAAAUCACUUUCUUGAGACGCAUAUAUAUAUGGGCAAUGUUUGGCUGCUGUGCAGGCCUGCAGCUUACAUGGGUGGGUUUGGAGGAUGACCACUUUGCUUCCUUGCUGCAAGGAGAGGUUUUGGAGGAGGGCAGGUAGUGCUCUGUAAAAGAAGGCAUGGAGAGGAGUAUUAAGCAUGUUUCAUGCUGAGCUACAAGGACACAGCUUUGGCCCACGAGCAUCCAUGAUGCACCACAGGCCACUAGGUGGCACUUCAGUACUUUGUCAGUACAGCAUUUUUGAUGCAGUUAUUUGAAGUCCCGGUAGCUCCAUUUGUUUGUGUUAGUUCAAAUUAUAAGAGAGGAGAAGAAAGAGCCACUGCCACAGUCUGGCUGGGGUUUGAAUUUGAGCCUUCAAGCUAGUUCAGGUCUGCUGAACUUCAGUGAACUUUCUGUAAUCAUUGUAGGUCCAGAUCCCAAUUCUUGGUCAACUCUGUGUUUCUUUUGCUUUCUCAUUCUGUAUUAACUCUUCACUCUAUCUAGCUGGUACAAACCAUUCCUUAUCUCACAGUGUCCCUCUUAGCCAUGGAAAUAACUGGGGACUUGACAGGACUUGUUUUUUCAGAUUAUUCUCUUUGGUUUGGAAAUCUAGUAAAACACUAGUAUUGGUAGGGUGCUUCAUGUGACCAGCAGAUGUUGGUAAGGGAGGGGUCUUAAGACAGCUGUUAUUCCCCUUUCUUAGAUCACCCGCCAAACAAUUGUGUUUUAAUAAACAUUGGGGGGAGGGGGAGAAAUGUUAGGGCUGGAGAAGAUUAUGUAUUAUCUGUUUCUGAAUAAACAUUUGUUAUACAGAGA